UUUGAAAAGGGCGUGCGUGGCACUUGGCUCAAAGCCUAGAACGCGUGCAUCUGCAAAAUUGAACGACAACAAGUUUAUAAGGUAUGUAAUGCACAUAAUUUUGGUCAUCUGUGAUGCUCUCUUGCGGAAAGUAUUACCUGAAAUGGAGUGCUCUGAAGCUCUAGAACGCUCUAAAAAUAUCAAGUUAAGUCAAUCGUUAACGCAAUUUUAGACUAUGAUGAGAAAUAGACUUCUAGUGGACUCUAACUGAAUUUAUAAGAUCACAGAGCACUGUUAGCAUUGAACUCAGUAAUAAAUAGUUCAUAUCAUUUGGUAUUUAAUUAAUGUAACUUCCUGUAUUUUAAUUUUUAGACACGCAGUACCCCCUUACUUUGUUUUGGUUUAAUUCAUGUCAUUCUAUUUUGUUAAAUAUUUCACUGAAAAGCCCCGCGGGGACGUGAAAUAUAUGUAUGUAUGAUAUGUCUGACUGGAUUUAUGAAAACAUGGCUUCAGUGAGUGUCUAAAGGUCCUAUGCUAAGUGUCUCCUUGGUACCAAGACUUUAACCCUCCACACCCAGGACAAUGGGUGACUGUCUGCACCUCCCACUGAGCUCUGCAAUUAUCAUGAUAAUCAUUCUCGGUAGAGGCCUGAUUCAGCUGGCUAGGUUAAAUUAACACCAAGGUAUUCGCCAGUUAAAGUCUCCACUGAACACUGCUCCUUACUGAAGGUGUUGUGUCAAAACAGCCCCCUCCCUACCCCACUAGUUUUGACCCCAGGGCCUGAGCCACCCACCCACUGUUAAGGCAGUCCCUGGGCUAUCCAGCUGUACCGACCAAGUCGUCAAGCCCCCUACUUUUUUGGACACCAGACUAGUAGCCCGGCGCCAGGCGAAAAUCUAUAGUGGUCACGUUUUAAAGAAAUCAAACAGAUGUAUAUGUGUAAUUUCCUCAAAUACCGUGAUUCGCCUAUACUGAAUCCUUACCGCGAGAGUAGAAAGCUCAUGAAUCUACCGAAUUAAGAUACUUCGAAGGUAGACUUGAGAGUUAUAUGCAAAUCGCAAGCUUCAGUAUGUCAUACACAGCUUCCUCUCGGCCUCUUUUCCAAAAGUUAAAUUUAUUAGAUAUCUAUCAAAUUGAUGAUUUUCUUGUGGAUGCACGUUCUGUUUGAUAACCUUAGAACACAAUCUCUUCCUGUGUAUUUUAAUGGUUCUUGUACAGAAAAUUUUUUUUUAGUCCAUAACCACUAUACAAGGAAAAAAAUUAAUUUACACAAAAAGUUUAUCAAGACAAAUUAGAAUAGAGUGUGUACGUAGAACUUUAAUAGAAUCAUCCUAAAAAGGUUUUACAGACUCUAAUUACAAGACUUGCUCUAAAAGUUGCCCUCUUAUAGCUUGCUUGAAAGACUGCAAGGAAACGCAUUGCUUUAUGUCAUUAUCUAAAUUGUUCCAAAUACUAGUUCCUCUAUAUGCAAAUGUGCGUUGGUUAGAAGCAGUUCUAUACAAUGGUAUAUGUAAUAAAUCACGCUUGCGGGUGUGGCGAGCACGGAUGCUGGAGCGUUUAGUAAGUUUAUCUACCAGAUGUUUGGGUGCGAGGCCCUUGCCGAAUCAUUAAUUUGUAAGUUAACACGGAGUCCCUAUAAUACAUAUAAUUGUUUGACAGGAAGUCAGUUAAAUUGGCGGAGUAAAGGGGUCACGUGCUCAAAUUUCCUAGAAUUCGUUACAAUAUUGCUUGGUUUUUAGGUGUUUAUUCAACUAGAAAUGAGAGUAAUUAGCGUAUGGAAUACUAUCCCACGUAAGAUAAAACCGUCUAUUUCAAUAAAUAUAUUUAACAUAAAGAUCGAACAGUUUUUACUAUCAGAUAACUAUUGUAAUCAAACCUUAGUUCUAGGUUGCUAUUUUUGUAUGCCUAUUUGAAAUAGUGUAAUACAAGUUAUAUAAAUUUUUGAUAAUCGAAUCGCUGAUACCAAAUAUACUAUUGAAAUAAUAUUAAGGUCAUUUAAAGGGGGACUACCCUGUAAAAGCCUGCAAGGGUUUCUGUAGUCCUCCUCCAUUUGUUAAUAAUAAUUAUUUUAAUAACAUGUAUCGGACCAAAUUGGAAAUAGCCUCGACUGACUGAUUGAUUGAGAAUCGUAAUUCCGUGAGCUAUAAUCGAUAACUACGUAAAACUGGAGGUUCCUCAUUGGAAGUGAAGUGCGGCCCCAUGUAGAAAGAUCAAGGGGUUGGAACGGUAGUAAAUAUAUAUAUAUUGUAUCUCAGUUUAGGAUAUCACCUGGUCUUCAAGGUUGUAAGAUUAAAAAAGGGAGGGUUGUUGUCUCCCUCGCAGCCGUUUAUGUCUCUAGCAUUGCGUGACGAGACAAAAGGGAGCUCGAGACUAUGAUGUAUAAAAUACAUAGUUACGUUAUCUUGUAUUUUUUAAGCUUGUUUUUAUCUUCAGCUUUGUAUGUGUAACUAUAAUUCGGAUCCUGCUUAAUCUUAGAAUUAGUUUCAAGUAAAAGCAAACACAGAACAAAAUGCAAGGAAUAUGAAUUCCCAAAGAUUUCAAUCAAUAACAAAAAGCAUUAAUACAUCUCACUACUAAUAUGUUAUCCGUGUUUUUUUUUUNCUGCUUAAUCUUAGAAUUAGUUUCAAGUAAAAGCAAACACAGAACAAAAUGCAAGGAAUAUGAAUUCCCAAAGAUUUCAAUCAAUAACAAAAAGCAUUAAUACAUCUCACUACUAAUAUGUUAUCCGUGUUUUUUUUUUUGUUUGUUUGUUUUCGUUUUUGAUUUUUUGUUUUUGUAUUUAAUAAACGUUGUAUAAUAUAAUGAAAGGUUGUAUAAUGCAUACUCAAAAAUCAAUUUGGAUUGUUAUUGACAAAUACACACAAUAAAGACAUCAGAGAACACCAGAAAGCUCCUUUGAGUUAGUGAAUUGUCACGGAAUUGUACAUAAUAUUAUUCGUUUCUGUUGUAAUCACUUUUUUACUUCAUGAGAUCAAUGCAAAUAAGUAUUUUAAAUGAACAGAAAAAGCUUAAUUCAGUUUGACCACCUCGGUAAGCAAAUCGCUUGUUUCAUUCGCCUCUUUGCCGGGGCAAAUUAUGACCUCAAUUGUAAUUCAGUUUGUUCGCCUCGUUGCUUCAUUCACCUCUUUCGAAAAAGUAGUGAACUGCAACAGGAAGGUUAUCUGCUAAAAAAGAUUCCGUUGAGUUGACUGUUUAGGACGCUUUGAAGUUUUCAUCGAUCGCGUUCGUGAUCCACAAUGAUCCACAGCUGGUAAGAGGUUGGGCUCAUGGAACGACAGUGCUGGGGAACAUUGCCUCCCCCUCAAAUCCUUACUUUAACGUUCGCUACCUUCCCAAAAUACUUCACUUUACAACUGACAUGACAAGAAAAAGAGUGACUUACCGGCUGCGUUACAGAAACUAUGAAACUCCUCGCACUCGCGUCCGACUCUCGACUGCCAGCCUCAUACAAAGUCAUUUUUUCACGAAUGUCUACUGAACCAAGAGGUCGCAGAUUCAAGAAUGCUAAGAAACUCUUUAACAAGUUUAUCGCCAUUUCCUUUUAAAGCAUGUUCAGAAAGAAUCAUAGAUUUUUACUGUCUAGCGCUCAAACAUUCUCGGAUGAAAAAUUUUGGGCGCCCUUUUAAUUUGCAAGCAUGUUGGAUCGGGUACUACGCGGCGGGGACUGGGGACUGGUAAAACAGCAAAACUAGACCACCAAACAAAACUCAAAGGCACGAUUUGUUUACGCGCGGACAAAUGACAGUACACAUCAACUCGGUCCCGAUGACUGAUUCAACCGAAGGCAAAUUGAAAUGUUUUCUGUUUUAAUUAUAUUGUAAAAGAAAUGGUAAACGUUGCAGCUGUACAACCAUCGAGUUAUGGAUGCACUUGGGAGGUUUGCUAAGCACUCAAGAAGCCAGAGUUGCUCUCGCCCAAGUUAAUUAAGCAUGUGUCAACAGCUAGGUGUUUCCGGUAAAAAUGAAGGGGGUAGUCUAUAAUAUGAAUUGUUUAUUAUAAAGCACAAAAUUCCAAAAAAUAUUACAAACCAUAAAAAAUUAUACUUCACAACACACGAAAAUUAUGCAAAUAGGUCACGUGAUUUAACAGCUCCACCAACUGUCAAAAAAUCUUUAAAAAAUGGGCACACUUUUUAGCAAAAGUUAUUUUACUUAACUGCUACAAGAAAAUACAAAAUAUAAGCACCUACAAAACUGCGCUUGGUAACUCCUCGACGUCUCGUUUAUUUAAAAAGAAACGGGUUUUCCGACUAGUACCCAGUCUCCCAGUCCAAGUGGCACCCCCAGACCUUUUAGAGUGUGUGUAUUAAGUGCAACACUAGUCGGCCAUUGAACAGCUUGUUCGAUCGCAUGUGUUGUUGAUUUUUUAUCGAUGCAUGUCCUCCCCAAUUCGGUUUUUGCAUCAGUUUUUUUUUUUUUGUCGUUUCUAAAGUAUUUUUCAUUCUUGCUUGUUGUAUUACUAAUUUAUGCAUGUCCUCCCCAAUUCGGUUUUUGCAUCAGUUUUUUUUUUUUGUCGUUUCUAAAGUAUUUUUCAUUCUUGCUAGUUGUAUUACUAAUUUUCUUUUCUUUUUUCUUCCUUUCUGGACCUCGUAGUGGAGCCUGCCUUGUGAGUGAUCCAGGCCUCUUGGCGAAGUUAAUACUAAAUAAAUAAAUAAGUGUAUCUUUUUAACAGGCCUUUCCUUUAAAAAAUCUUGACAUUACAAGCGAAGAAAUGACAUACCUUACCGCCUUAAAAUCAUGAGACUAGUAGAAAAAAAUUAAGAAAACAAGAAAAAGCGUGCCCGUUUAAGUUCAAAGCGUUUCUGAGCGUGGCAAGUCACGUGACCUUAUUUGCAUAUUUCGUUCGGGCCAAAUAGACAAAAACUAGCGGUGUUUGUGUCUGACAAGUUUUCAACCUGCUACUCCUGGUGCAUCGAAAGAUAGACCACCCCCUCACUUUUCGACUUAAUAACCGGGGUACCAUGCCAACUUGGGGGGCUACUCCUCGAACAAAUCUUAUGCUUCUUUCCUGUAUAGCAACCUUCCGCGGGCAUUUCUUAAUUCUACAAAAGGCAUGUUUUUUUUUGUUUAUUAUGUCUCGAUCUCACUUUAUACCUCUGUCUUACAGCACCACUGUGGUAUCAAGAUGGCCGAAGGAAAGAUCCCUCCAGAGUUCAAAUUUUCCGGUGCCUCAAGCCGGGAGCAGGCAAUGUUGCUGAUAAAUGGCUUAAAAACUCUGGACUAUUAUCUUGGACAGUGUUUUUUAUCCGGUCGAAGGGAAAUUACUAUUCUUCUAAGUGGCAAAACGGGUGCCGGCAAGUCGCAUUUGGUAAAUGCGCUUACUGGCCAAAAUCUUGCAAAAGAAGGCUAUACCCUUGACCCAGAAACGUUUGAGGUAAGUUCUGGAUUCGAAACAGAACUCGGGAAAAAGGAUCGCGCUGGCACUAAAAGAGUCUGUGUUAAGUAAUUAUUACCGCCGCCGUCAGCACUAGUAUGACGCGAUUGUACGCUAAGUCGGCCAAAAAAUACUACUAGAUUUUUGCUGGGUGUUACUAACCGGAGAGUUGAAAGUAAUGUUUCCGCAUCUCUCCGACAUAACUGCGGCAUGUCUUCUAUACUUUUUACUUCGUCAGUGCCGAACAAACGUUAUUUCACGUACUUUAAUUUAUUAAUUUGCUUCACCUUCACUUUCCUGUCCCUAGAUGUAACGUUCUUAAUGUGGUUUUUUUUUUUUCAGGUAACACCUUACCAUUUUACCAUGAACAACGUGCAAAUUACAGUGUUUGACACUCCAGGACUGGCGGAUGGUACCGGCAAUGAGGAAGAGUAUCUGCGAAAAAUCAAGGAAAGGGUAACUGAUCCUUGCGACAUGUUCAUUUUCUGCACAGAGAUGAACAGCCGACGAUUCCGUAAUGACGACAUUAAAACCGUGGAGAUGUUGACGGCAACGUUUGGUACUCAGCUAUGGGAACACGCCGUUGUGGCUCUGACGUUUGCCAAUGAAGUUCUUCCCCCAAACAAGGACGCCACCCAAGAAGAGCGCAUAAGUCUCUUCAAUGAGCGAAUGCGAUGUUUCAAGAAGACAAUACAAGAUGUCCUACUAAAAGUCGGGGUGGCCGGAAAAUUAGUCAUCAAUGUGCCAUUUGUUGCAACUGGAGACCUGUGCGAGCCAUGUUUACCUGGCAUUACCAACUGGCAGACGGCAUUUUGGAUCGCAACUUUCAAACGCCUUAACAGAAGUGCCAGGUUCCCUUUUCUUCUUUUAAACAAGGAUCGCUUAAAAAUCUCUUCCGCUGAGCCGGACGUCCAAGCAAAAGAGCGUCCUCUUCGAAGGAGCCUGCCACUCCAAGAGGCAGAAGGGACUCCACAGCGAGGACAACGUAGAAGCUUUCACGGGUUCGAACUUGUGGACCGAGAGCAGGACAGCGGCUACGAGCCUGAUAGUGACCCCGACACCGAAUUUCGAACAAAAAGCCGUUCGUUGCCAGUAAAAACGUCCAAGAUACCACCAAAAACAAAGCCUAAACCAAAGAAAGGAAAGAUGCAACAGGAUACCUCCACCAUCGACAUAGACGAAGCAGCUGCCGCUGAAGUGGUACUGGAAUUUAUAAGCGAGGUGGGUGAAGGAGCUAGCAAGUUAGCCGGAGAGUAUAUUCACCCAGGAGCUGGAGAUGUAUUCCAGACUGCAUUUAGAUGGAUAAUGAGACUGCUAAAAAGAUUAUUUCAGCGAAAUUCUUCCAAGGAAGAUGCAACAGAUGAAGAUGGAGAUGAAGUCGAUCAAGAAGCUGAUUGACUUUCGCAGAAGAGAACUUUAGAGACCCGAUAGCUGUAUAUUAGAGUCUAUCACGCAUCCUGUCCGUCUUUGUUUUUGUUACUACAUGUAUCCUUAAACCAAGAGAUAGCUCUCUUGCUUAAAACCGAGUCUGGUAAAAGUUUUUUAACAUGCCAAAUGGCAGCCGUACAAAUAUUGGACAACUGUCGUUAGGACGGGUUUCUGUUGACUUCAUUAUGCUAGCAUUUUUUCGAGUAAUUUUUAUGA